GACUUUCAUGGGAAACUGGAUUACCCGGUGGAGAAAAGCUGGGGACCUGGAGGAAGCUGCUGUUCAGCGCCGGCUGGGCAGGCAAGUGGGCUUUUGCCCGCGGCUCGUGCUCCCGGGACGGGCGAGGGCUAUGCAACACGAGAAGGUUGGAUUGGGCUAUUGGCUGAAGCUUCUUUCCAUGGUAGCUUAGGGAGAAAUUCACGUUUUGAUGUUUUCUUACCAUGGCUUUGGUUCACAAGUGGAUGAAUGGCACUUACAGUCUUAGAAAAUGCCUGAAGCUAAGUGAUGCCUCACGUCCAUUUUUGAGUACUCGCUUUGCAGACUAUUGUUCUAGUGGUCUUCAGAAACCGGUAGCUACUCCUGGCAAAGCUUCCGCUCAGGGGAACACUGAAGGGGGUUUACAAGGAGAUCACCAGAGAGAAGUCGCUUUGGAUAUAACUUCUCCUGAGGACAAGCCUGAAGCUAGUUUUGAUAAAGCAAUUAAAGAUGAAAUAAAGGACCAUUUGAGGCGUUUGAAGGAUGAUAUUGUGAAUCAUUGGAUAGGGCCCGAAGGCCGCCCUCUGCAUGAGGUCUUGAUGGAACAGGCCAAAGUGGUCUGGCAGUUCCGUGGAAAAGAAGAUUUGGAUAAGUGGACAGUGACUUCGGAUAAGACAAUUGGAGGCAGAAGUGAAGUGUUCCUGAAAAUGGGCAAGAAUAACCAAAGUGCGCUGCUGUACGGAACUCUGAGCUCCGCGGCGCCUCAGGACGGCGAGAGUGACCGCAGUGGGUACUGUGCAAUGAUGUCCAGGGUCCAACGGGGCCCUUUUGACAUAAAGAGACCUUACGACUGGUCCCAGUUCAACACUCUGUAUCUCCGCGUCCGCGGAGAUGGUCGGCCUUGGAUGGUGAAUAUCAAGGAAGACAUGGAUAUGAUCCAGAGGAAGAAUCAGAUGUACAGUUACUUCAUGUUCACCCGUGGGGGGCCCUACUGGCAGGAGGUCAAGAUUCCAUUCUCCAAAUUUUUCUUCUCUAAUCAAGGGAGAAUCCGGGAUGCCCAGCACCAACUCCUGCUUGACAAGAUCUCUUCUAUCGGAUUCACCCUGGCUGAUAAAGUGGAUGGUCCAUUCUUCCUGGAAAUAGAUUUUAUUGGAGUGUUUAAUGAUCCAGCCCACACAGAAGAAUUUGCCUACGAAAAUUCUCCAGUGCUUAACCCAAAACUUUUUAAAUAGUGAUCAUGUGGUAGUUCUGUAUUACUAAACUAGGGUAGUAGUAUCUACGAUGAGGGACAAAAUAAAGUAUUUCUUUGAUGGCA